CACCGAGCCUGGCUCUACAGCAGGCGCGGGGGGUUGGGGUGGGGGAAAGGCCCAGGGCACAUGAUGCCGCCCCCAGCCCGCCCAGCACAUGACCCAAGCAGGCCGGCGGGGUCCUGGCACACCCGAGCCGCGUCGGUGAGGACAGUCCAUGGCCUCCCCGCGCCUGGGUAUCUUCUGCUGCCCCACGCGGGACGCGGCCACGCAGCUCGUGCUGAGCUUCCAGCCGCGGGCCUUCCACGCGCUCUGCCUGGGCAGCGGCGCGAUCCGCCUUGCACUGGGCCUUUUGCAGCUGCUGCCCGGCCGUCGAUCCGCGGGCCCCGGAAACCCCGCGACGUCCCCGCCGGCCUCCGUCCGCAUCCUGCGCGCUGCCGCUGCCUGCGACCUCAUCGGCUGCCUGGGUAUCAUGAUCCGGUCAACCGUGUGGUUAGGAUUCCCAAAUUUUGUAGACAGCAUCUCGGAUGUGAACAGCACGGACAUUUGGUCGACUGCUUUCUGUGUGGGGAGUGCGAUGUGGAUCCAGCUGUUGUACAGCGCCUGCUUCUGGUGGCUGUUUUGCUAUGCGGUGGAUGCGUAUUUGGUGAUCCGGAGAUCGGCAGGACUGAGCACCAUCCUGCUGUACCACAUCAUGGCGUGGGGUCUGGCCACCCUGCUCUGCAUGGAGGGAGCCGCCAUGCUCUACUACCCUUCCGUGUCCAGGUGUGAGCGGGGUCUGGACCACGCCAUCCCCCACUAUGUCACCAUGUACCUGCCCCUGCUGCUGGUUCUCGUGGCCAACCCCAUCCUGUUCCAAAAGACAGUGACUGCAGUGGCCUCUUUACUGAAAGGAAGACAAGGCAUUUACACAGAGAACGAGAGAAGGAUGGGAGCCAUGAUCAAGAUCCGGUUUUUCAAAAUAAUGCUGGUUUUAAUUAUUUGUUGGUUGUCGAAUAUCAUCAAUGAAAGCCUUUUAUUCUAUCUUGAGAUGCAAACAGAUAUCAAUGGAGGUUCUUUGAAACCUGUCAGAACUGCAGCCAAGACCACAUGGUUUAUUAUGGGAAUCCUGAAUCCAGCCCAGGGAUUUCUCUUGUCUUUGGCCUUCUAUGGCUGGACAGGAUGCAGCCUGGGUUUUCAGUCUUCCAGGAAGGAGAUCCAGUGGGAAUCACUGACCACCUCAGCUGCUGAGGGGGCUUACCCAUCCCUAGCGGACUCCCUCGUGCCCCAUGAAAAUCCUGCUUCCAGGAAGGUGUCUCGUGUAGGUGGGCAGACUUCUGACGAAGCCCUGAGCAUGCUGUCUGAAGGUUCUGAUGCCAGCACAAUUGAAAUUCACACUGCAAAUGAAUCCUGCAACAAAAAUGAGGGUGACCCUAUUCUCCCAACCCAUGGAGACCUAUGAAGGGAAUAUGCUGGGGGUCCAGACCUCAUAUUCCUGACUCUACAAUUCUCAUUCUUUAGAACUGUGAUCUUACCUUCCCAUCACUGCACUGCCAACGCGUAGCAGCCCCUAAAUCUUGCUCUCAUUACCAGUUAGUGCUUCUUCCCUGUGAGCCUUUAGGAUAGGAGAAAUGAUUCAUGCACAUGCAUCUGGGAAUGGAAGAAGCCCCUCCACACCGCUCUGCAGCUUCUCUAGCCUCUUUGUUGCCACUAGGAAGUUUUCGGAGGCUGGCUGUAAAGUAAAUGUAAGGUCCAUGUCCUUGAGAAAGUAGUUAAAUAAAACAGUUGUGACUGA